AGAGGAAAUUGAGAGAGAUGGAACUCUGUUUUGUUGCAGUACGUGCAUUCAUGAAAGAGACUUGAAUUUCAUUUUGACAACAUUCAUAAUAGUAGUUCAAUGCAGACUUAUUAUCUGUCCUGCAACAAGAGACAAGGAAGCUUUCAUUAUAUUAAUAUUGACUCUUCUUAAAAGAGAAAAAGCAGGGAAAGGCCAGAUUUGCACAGCAGGCAAAGACCGUGUAAGAAGAGCACACAAACUCUCCAAACGUGUCUAGUACCUUCUCUGAACAAAAGCAAAGCCUCGAGAGGAUCACAGCAGGCUCUCAAACAAGAAGCACUACUCCUCCUCCACUCUGCAGGUAACCAAGAUUUUUGUGGGCCUUGUGAACAGAAUAUUGGCUGGUAUAUGACAUUCAGAAGAGGGAAUUGAAAGGGAUGGUAGGAAACAUCUAAAGAACUGAUAUGGCUAGCUAGCUGCAUUUGCAAAGUAACUGUCAUUGAAAGAGUUCAAACCAGACAAGAUUUCAUUGAAAGAGUGAAGUUUUCCCAUCUCAAGUCUUACCCAUCUGAUUCUCUUGGUUAAAAUCCUUGUCUGAGACUGAAAGAGAGAGAGCUUCUAGUUCUAUAGUCCCAACAUCCAUGGCAUCCAACAAGCAAGAUAAGAACUCUCCAAUCCGAUUCUUUAAGAUCAUCACCACAACAAGUAUUGAAGGUGGAAAUCUUAAACUUCCAAAUGCUUUCACUAGGAAAUACAAUGGUGAAAUGUCAAAUCCAGUAUUUCUCAAGCCUCUUGAUAAUAUUAGCUGGAAGAUAAACUGGAGUAAACAAGAUUCAGAUAUUUGGUUACAAAAUGUUUGGGAGGAAUUUGUGAAACUUUACUCCCUUGAUCAAGGGCACAUGGUUUGGCACUUGGUUUUAUUUGAAUUCAAGGGUCCUUCUAAGUUUGAGGUGCGUAUAUUUGACAAGAACACCCUUGAAAUAAAAUACCAUCCACUCAGUAACAAGCAAAUUCCGAACUCAGCAACCCAUUUCUUUAGGAUCAUCACACCACCAUGUCUUGAAGCUGGAGAGCUUAUUCUUCCAAAUGGUUUCAUGAAGAAAUACAGUGGUGGCAUGUCAAACCCAGUAUUUCUCAAGGCCCCUGAUAACAUUAGUUGGGAGGUACACUGGAGCAAACAUGAUUCAUAUUUUUGGUUCCAAAAGGGUUGGAAAGAGUUUGUGAAAUAUUACUCCCUUGAUCAUGGGCAUUUGGUAUUGUUUGAAUUCAAGGAUGCUUCUGAUUUUGGGGUACACAUAUUUGAUAAGAGCACCCUUGAAAUAGAAUAUCCUUCAAAUGAGAAUCAAGGUGAAGAGCACAACCCUGAUCAGAUUGGUGAUGAGAUACUGCCGCCCAAGAAGACUAAACCAAAACCACCAAUGUCACUUUCUCAACCACGCCAGAAAUUGAGAACCGGUAAAAGCAAAGGUGUUGGAAAAAGCCCUGAAUUGAGAAAGUGUAAAAAAGUCCAAGUUGAAGGAAGAAGCACUGAAUGCCUUGAAGGAGAGCAGUUAACUUCUACAAUCAAUGAUGCUUUGAAUAAAUCUAAAGGUGCCACCUUCAUGGUUAAGCUGCAACGUUACAGUAUUGAAAGACAUUCCUUGAGUAUCCCAUCACAAUUUGCUAGACAAUAUUUAAAGAAGAAAAGGGAUAUCCGCCUUGAGAGGUUGGAUGGGAGAACUUGGAAGGUUCAUUAUAAUCUCUUCAAAUUUAGUAGUGGGUGGAAGAAAUUUGCAAGAGAUAACAAUUUGAAAGUGGGGAAUAUUUGUGUUUUUGAGCUGACCAAAAGGGAACCCCUUUCAUUGAAAGUAUUGAUCUUCCCAGUUGCACAAGGUGGGGAGCCAAGUACUGCACAGAGGGAAGCUUGGAAAUACACCCCAAAGAAUCCCUCUUUCACUGUCAGUUUAAAGCCGGUCAUUAAACUUGGCUACAGACCGCCUGUACCCGUUUCCUUCAUCAGAGAGUACUUGAAUGAGAAGAAACAAACCAUAAAUUUAAGGAUUGAAGAAAAUUUGUGGCCUGUGGAGUUUAUAUAUUAUCCAGAAUAUGGUUCAGGCAAGUUGUCUAAAGGUUGGAUACAAUUUGCAAGAGAAAGUAAACUUGUAGGUGGAGAUGUUUGUGUGUUUGAACUCAUCAACAAGGAGGAGGAAAAUCCAGAGCUUGAAGUUCAUAUCUUGAAACGUCACUGAUAUAUGGAGCUCUUGGUCACUGAUGUUUGUGUGUCCCAAAUACUAAGUUAGUCCUGUAUGAAAAAGUGCAUCCUGCUUUGUAGAAUGAAACUUUCCAUUCUACCUCUUGUUUAUUUUCUAAUCUGAAGUGUUUAAAUCCCCCUUCCCUGACUCUAAGAUGCAAUUCCAAAAUAUCAUCUCAUUAGUACAGUAAAAUUACCUGGUCAUGCCAGUUUUUAUUUAUAAAAUCUCUAGUGCCUAGCGGUUAUGGUAAAAGAAUAACCUG